AUGCAACUACUCUCGUCGCUUCUGUUGUCCUUUCUGCUGGUCGGUGCAGAGGCUGCUGUGCCCAAGAAUAAAUACAACUGUACCAGCUUUAUAGUCCGCGUACCCAUCGACAAUGUGACGCUCAUUGAUCUUCCGUUUCCUCCCUUCGCGGACCAAUAUGCUGCGACCGCUUUCGCCAAUCAGGUCACAAUUCGUACUCCAUCGGUCCCUAAAGUGAACCUUUCUUCCUUGACCACGACUUUCAACAUAUCCGCGGAAUAUUGCACCCCAGCAGUCCUAGGUCCGAAUUCUUCGACUCUUCAUGUUCUCACGCACGGCCUAGGCUUCAACCGGUCCUAUUGGGACUUCUACCUGCCAAAUGCAACGAAUGAUGCAGAAUACUCAUAUGUCAAUAGAAUCACAGGAGCAGGAUACUCCACGCUCUCAUGGAAUCGCUUGGGUAUCGAACCGUCCACUAUUGCAGAUCCGUACAAGCAUAUUCAAACUCCGGUUGAAUUGGCCACUCUGAUAUCCCUGACCGUGCUCGCUCGGGCUGGGAAUAUUUCGCAGGUGCCGGUUCCAAAGAAGGUCGUACAUGUUGGCCACUCUUGGGGCAGUGUCCUGAGUCUAGGUCUUGCCGCUCUCGCUCCGCAAGUGACCGAUGGUAUCGUUUUGACCGGCUUCUCGGGUGUCAGCGACUAUCAGAACCUGUUCAUUGCCGGAACUAGCUUUCACCUCGCCUCUGAGAAUGCUCCAGCACGAUUCCCAGCGAAACAGUACAGCACAGGUUUCCUCACAUGGGCAGAUAAAUCCGCCAAUCAGUACGCAUUCUUCAAUUAUCCACACUUUGAUCCGGCUGUUCUCGCCCAAGCAGAAGCCACCAAGUAUCCUUUCACUUUCGGCGAGUUCUUCUCGGCCACAGCUAUCCCGUCCAAGGCACCUAACUACAAGGGACCUGUGCUGUUCUUGGCUGGAGAGGCAGAUCUGAUCUUCUGCGGCUCCAACUGUACAGGACUGUAUGGCGCGGACAGUGCUACUGUCAAGGCUUUCAAUGGUAGCAGCAGCGUUGAAACUUACAUUCAACCCAACGUCGGACACGGCAUUAACUUGCACAAGAACGCCACCGGCGCCUACGAUGUCGUUCUUGACUGGGCUUCGCGACAUGGACUCUGA